CACGUCAAUAAAUAUGAAAAUACUAAAUAUUUUAAUAUUAUUUAUAUCAACUGCAUUAGCUAAAUCAUCUUUAUUAGAAAAAUAUGAUAAUUUAUCAAAGAAGUCAGAUUUCGUAGUAAAACUAAAUGACAAAAGCUAUGAUGACUUGAUUAACAACCCAGAGAGGGAUUUUAGCGUCGCAGUAACGCUCACAGCAAUGGAUGAAAGGAUGAAAUGUCUACCAUGUCAUAAAUUUCAACCUGAGUUUAGCUCUGUCGCUAAACAUACUAAGAAGUCUUCAAAUAAGGAUAACAUCAUAUUCGCUAGUCUUGAUUUCAUGGAUGGUCAAUCUAUUUUUCAAAGGAUGCAACUUAAUACUGCACCAAGUUUGUUUUAUCAUCCAGCACAUACAUCCAAGAGUGUCUUAUAUGAUUUCAACAGACAGGGUUUCUUAGCUGAGCGUAUUGUUGACUUCAUAAAUGCGAACUCAGAGUUUAAUUACACCUACAAGAGACCAAUUGAUCACACAAAGACCUUACAAUUGCUAUUUGUGUUGGCAAUCGUAACGAUACUCGCAAAAAGAUACUGGAAUAGUCUCACUAAACCUUUCAUUCUCUCCAAGUGGUCAUGGGCAACCGUCACUCUCACAACUAUCGUCGUUAUGACUUCAGGUUAUAUGUGGAAUCAAAUACGCAAACCUCCUCAAAUGGUCAUGACGAAACAAGGUGCACAAUACUUCGCUAAUGGUGUUACAACCCAGUAUAGAGUUGAAACUAUCAUUAUUAGCUCUAUAUAUACCUUACUUGCAGUUUCAAUCGUUGUUUUAUCAACUUUAGUACCAAAAAUAGAUAAUCCAUCUAGACAAAGAGUCGCAGUCUACCUUUGGACAUUCAUUUUGAUGAUAACCUUUAGUGUUUUAGUUUAUAUCUUCAGAAUGAAGCAACCAAUUUACCCAUUCAGACUCUUCUUUUAAACAUAAAGC